CUGUAUUCCUAUAUAUUUUAUUAAUUUUUCAAUUAUUAAUAUAUUUGUCGUUUUAUAAAAAAAAAUGGAAAACUAACCCACCGUCCGACCACCGAUGGUCAGUUUAUGAGGAAAUACAAUCGGUUUCGCACCAUUGGGAUUCGUGAAAAGACAAAGAGAACUGGCUUGAUCUAUUUUAAUCUUUUCAAAAAAAUAAAAAGGGACUAUGGCCGAAAAAAUUGGCAGCACUGUCUGCGUAACCGGCGCCGGAGGAUACGUGGCCUCGUGGCUGAUCAAGCUGCUCCUUUCUCACGGCUAUAACGUCCAUGGCACCGUCAGAAACCCUGGGGACGACAAAUAUGCUCAUCUGAAACAGCUCAAUUACGCAGAUGAAAAACUAAAACUCGUUAAGGCAGACUUGCUCGAUUUUGACUCCAUUCUUGCCGCUGUCAAAGGAUGCGAUGGAGUUUUCCAUGUUGCCAGCCCAGUGGAAGUAGUUGCACCAGCAGUAGAGGGCACUCGUAAUAUCCUCAAAGCAUGCUUCCAAGCAAAAGUGGAUCGUGUGGUCGUUGUAUCAUCAGCUGCUGCUUUAAUCAUGAAUCCUAACUGGGUCAAGGGUCAAGUCAUUGACGAGACUUGCUGGUCGGAUAGUGAAUACUGCAGGACAACUAAAAAUUGGUAUUUUUAUUCGAAAACAGUAGCUGAGGCGGAGGCUUUGGAAUUUGCAAAGAACAACGAGCUUGAUCUUGUUACUGUGUGCCCGACAGCAGUCUGGGGGCCUAUGCUGCAGCAUACUCCGAAUGCCAGCACUUUGAUUCUCAUAAAGCUGUUGAGAGAAGGAUUUGAGGAGGUGGAAAACAAGAUGAUUAACAUAGUAGACGUACGUGACGUAGCUGAAGCUUUGAAGUUGGUGUACGAAAACCGUGAAGCCAAAGGUAGGUAUAUAUGCACAGCCCACACAAUCAAAAAUCAAGAGCUGGUGGGAACUCUCAAGCAACUCUAUCCAAACUACAAUUAUCCCAAGAGCUUCAAAGAGGGUAAAAACUUGCUGAAACUGAGUUCAGAGAAAUUGCAGGGGCUUGGCUGGAAGUAUAGGCCAUUGACAGAGACUCUUGUCGAUUCUGUUGAGAUGUACAAGAAGGCUGGCCUUAUACAUUCCUAGUGACAACAACUUAGCAUGUGUUUGUUUGAUGAUUGUUUUUAAAGCGCUACUUAGUGUCAUGUAAAGUUGACUAAGAACUCUUGGAGACCUAGGGGUGCAUAUAAUCCUUGUACGCUUCAUUUGGUUUGUCAUCUUAUUGAAUCCACUAAAUUAUUGUACAACUUUUAGUUUUUUAGGCAGAUUCUCACUCAAUCUAACGUGAUGCUUUGAUCCUAGGCUUAAAGGACUCAUUUCCCAUCUAUUUUCGUCUUGAAGAGUGAAUUUCAACUACCCAAGAUAACGUUUCCCCCGUUGUAUCAUAACCUGUUGGUUAUUCGCUU